GUGUAGAUAAUGCUUUACUAGUUUACUCCAAAAAUAGUGUUUUAUUCGAUCCUUUAAGAAACAGAGACUUCAGGCCACCUCUUUUGACCUCUAAGGCUCUAACAUUCAAGAAUUCAAGAUCUAAAUAUCUAACAGCUUAAAGCUGAAUUCAUACUGAUUACUGAAACUCUCUUACAAUCUCAAAACUCACAAAUCACCUUCCUGUUCUACUGGAAAACGGUAGUGUUUGAAUAUAUGGAAGGGGAGUGCAGCAUUGCGAAAGAUGUGACUGAAUUGGUGGGAAACACACCUAUGGUGUAUCUUAAUCAUGUUGUAGAUGGUUGUGUUGCGCGCAUUGCAGCUAAGCUUGAAAUGAUGGAACCAUACUCCAGUGUUAAAGACAGGAUAGCAGUUACUAUGAUUAAGGAUGCUGAAGAAAAAGGCUUGAUUUCUCCGGAGAAGACCGUUCUCAUAGAAAUGACAAGUGGUAAUACUGGCAUUGGAUUGGCGUUUAUUGCUGCUGCUAAGGGCUACAGGCUAAUCAUUGUAAUGCCUUCGUAUGUGAGUCUUGAGAGAAGAAUAAUUCUUCGAGCUUUGGGAGCAGAGUUGCAUAUCAUGGGUCCAACAAAGGGCUUUCCUGACUUUAUAGUCAAAGCCAAAGAAUUAUUGGACAAAACACCAGGUGGUUAUUACAUUAAUCAAUUUGAAAACCCUGGGAAUCCAAAGACUCAUUAUGAAACCACCGGGCCAGAGAUCUGGAGAGCCACGGAAGGGAAAAUUGACGCCUUUGUCUCUGGCAUCGGUACUGGUGGUACCAUUGCUGGGACAGGAAGAUUCCUUAAAGAGAAAAAAUCUGCUAUUAAGGUCUAUGGUGUAGAGCCAACUGAAAGUGCAGUCUUAAAUGGAGAAAAGCCUGGCAAGCACAGAAUCCAAGGAAUUGGAGCUGGUGUCAUCCCUCCAUUAUUGGACUUUGACAUAAUUGAGGAAGUUUUAAAGGUGACAAGUGAUGAAGCCAUUGAAACUGCAAAGCUUCUUGCAUUAAAAGAAGGUUUGCUGGUUGGGAUAUCAUCGGGAGCUGCUGUAGCUGCUGCUCUUAAAUUAGCCAAACAGGCUGAAUAUGCUGGAAAAUUGAUUGUUGUGCUUAUUCCAAGCUUUGGAGAGCGUUAUUUAUCUACCGAAUUGUUUGAGUCAGAGAGGCAUGAAGUGGAAGCCUUGACUUAUGAAGAGGUCGAUUUGCCAAUGUCACUGUUAUAAAUGACCACCAAAAAUGAGAUUUGUUCAAUUUGUAAUGCCUUCGUAACUCAAAUUGAUAACAAAUCUCAUUAUAAUUUGCUUUUUCGAUAUGUAAUAAUGUUUGUAUAAAUCAAUAAGGUAUUACGUAUGAGCUAUACCAAAAUAGAAGAGAAAAGCAACAUUUGUGUUGAAUUAUACGACAAUUGAAUUUUUCUGAAAAAGAUAACAAUAAAGGGCAAAUAAUGUAGACGAAAUUUGAUCUCAAA